AUGGCCUUCGUACGACCGCUGCUGUACGUUGCCCUCGGGCUUCUCAUGGUGGUUUCCAUCAUCGAGCUCUCCUUCAUCUCAAGUAUGGUCGGUUGGCUCCACGGUAACGCCAGCGGAACCUUUUCCUUCGAGUACCGCGGCACAAGACAUGAUCUCAAAGGCGAGCCUGCAAACUUGAUCGUUGAUCAGGGACAUACCAGCAACGGCGCAGCGGGAACAUCAUUCGUCCUCAUCGGCUGCGGAGGAAUUCUCGCUUUGAUUCUUCGCAACAGACAGAACCCUGGAAAAUUCAGUCGAUUCUUGUAUAACACGUGGCUGGUGUUCAACGUCCUCAGUUUACUCCUCAUCCUCACGGCUCUUAUUUACACCUUUGUUGUUACGAAUAAUCAUAACGGACAACGUAUCAACCCUGGUGUUGCGGCGGGUCUUGACGAUGAUGAGAAAUACCCUCUACAGUCAUGGACACCUCAGAAUUGGUUCUCAGCAUUCCUGAAACUCGACCUCACCAACUCGAAUGAGAGAAACGACAUUGAACAUCACUUGCGUCUCAUGCGAGGCUGGCAGUACAACCUUAUUCCCUUCUUCAUCAUUCACCUUGCUGAGACCGGCCUUGCACUAUGGGACGCUAUGCUUCGACGAAAGGAACCUGCACCAGCCUAUGCGCCACCCAAGCACACCGUUUAA